AUGGCGUUCUCAAGACUCACCUCACCUCAUACAACAACAGGAAGAGUCCGAUCAUCAUCCUCCUCCUUGUUACCCAUAACAACGUAUCUAGUUUUGGCUUGUUUGUUUGUGUGUUGCUGUUUUACAACAAGUACGGAGGGAUUCCUUCCUGGUAUACCUGAUAAUUACUACACUUUAGGUGAUGCGGUCAAAAUUAAAACUAGAAAAUUAUCAAGUACUCAUGAUUUGGCCUUUGAUUUCUAUUCCGUUCCAUAUUGUAAACCAAAGGAAAUUAAGAAUAGCGUUGAGAAUUUAGGAGAAUAUUUAAUGGGAGAUCGUAUUCACAAUUCCGUCUACUCCGUUGAAUUUAUGAAAGAUAUUACUUGUAAACGAUUGUCUUCUAUUGACUGUAAAGAAUCCGAUGGGUCAUCAUGUGUGAGCACUGAAUGUCCAACAAAACUCACACCUGACGACAUCAAGAAUUUGAAAGAAAAGAUUGAUGAGGAUUAUUUGGCUCAAUUGGUUGUCGAUCAGCUUCCUUUUGCCAACUUACAAGGAUAUACCGCUUGUGGAAAUCCACCUCCAUCUGUAGAUGAUAUCAAAAGCCAGAAAAAGCUCACCAAAUACUCUCGUCCUGAUGGAUUCCCAGUUGGUUGCAAGGAGAAAAUAUCUUCCACUGACGGAACUGACAAGUACAAUUACUAUUUGAACAAUCAUCUUACAUUUGUAUUGUAUUAUCACACUAGAAAGAAUGGAAGAAAAGUUAUUGUUGGUGCUGAAGUUUAUCCAACAAGUGUUGAACACACUGCAGAUUCAUGUAAGGAUGGAAAGGGAUUACCUAGCGACAACGACAUUGACAGAUUGGUUAUUGAUGACAAAUUGUCAAAGGUAGAAUAUUCAUAUUCAGUGAUUUGGAAGGAAAGCGAUAUUGCAUGGGGAUCUAGAUUUGAUGCAUACAUUAACACUGAAGAUAAUCCUGAUGACUAUCGUAUUCACUGGUUCUCAAUCAUCAACUCUUUGCUCAUUGUUUUCUUCUUGACUGGUAUGGUCGGUAUGAUUAUGCUCAGAAUUCUCAGAAAAGAUAUCACUUUGUACAAUGAGAGAGAUGAAGAGGAUCCAGGUGACGAAACCGGUUGGAAACUUGUUCACGGAGACGUAUUCCGUACACCAAAGAAUUCAACUCUUCUUUCUCUUGCAGCUGGUGCUGGUAUUCAAGUAUUAGGAUGCUUGGUUGUUGCUCUCUUCUUCUCUUUAAUUGGAUUUAUUUCUCCUGAGAGCAGAGGUUCUCUUCCAACUGCAAUUAUGGUUUUGUUUGCAUUUAUGGGAAUUACAAAUGGUUAUGUCACUUUGAGACUUUACAAGAUGUUCCAAGGAAAGUCAUGGAAAACUGUUUCUCUCCUUGCUGCUUUUGCAUUCCCUGCCAUUCCAUUGUCUCUCUUCACAUUUAUUAACUUUUUGGUUUGGGCAUCUGUACACUCAACAUCUGCUCUUCCAUUCCUCUCAUUGCUUGAAAUAUUUGGUUUAUGGCUUGCUAUUUCUGUUCCACUUGUGGUUGUUGGUGGUUUCUUUGGAUUUAGAGCAAAGGAUAUCGAAGUACCAGUCAAGACCUUGCAAAUCCCAAGACAAAUCCCAGUUCAACCUGUCUAUAUGCAUCCUGUUAUUGCAGUUUUGAUGGGAGGAGUUUUACCAUUUGGUAGCGUUUUCAUUCAAUCCUACUUUAUUUUGAGCUCUAUUUGGUUGCACCAAUAUUACUAUCUUUUUGGAUUUUUGUUCGUCGUUUUCCUCAUUUUGAUUGCUACCUCUGCAGAAAUCAGUGUGGUAUUUGUUUACUUCCAAUUGUGCAAUGAGGAUUACCGUUGGUGGUGGAGAUCAUUCUUAUGCAGUGGAAGCUCUGCAUUGUAUCUUUUUAUUUACUCUGCAUUCUACUACUUUACUUCUCUAGAGAUUGACACAUUCAUGAUGGCUCUAUUCUACUUUGGAUAUUCAUCGAUUUUGUGCUAUUUCUUCUUUGUGUUGACAGGUGCAGUUGGUUUCUUCACUUCAUUGUGGUUUGUCAAGACCAUUUACGGUAGCAUUAAGGUUGAUUAA